AUGGGUUUUGCCGAAGACAAAGUGUACGACUACAUCUUGAAAAACCUCCGGAAUUUCAAGAACAUCCGUGUGGCGUCGCUGGCUGAUUCCCUGAGCUGCCUGACUGAUGCUGACAGAGAUGAACUUCACUCUCGGGAGGAGAUGCGAGGGAGCCAAGCGACCGUGUAUAGGUUUUACCAGCACCUGAAGUGCCGGCAGGGCUGGGUGCCGGAUCUGAUCGAUGCGCUGCGCCACAACAAUGCGGGGCACCUGGCUGACGAGCUGCAGCGCGUGUACGACUCCUGGCAAGCUCGUCCCCCAGCUUCCUCUGCUGCCUCCUCCCCUCCUGCCACCAGCAAUGCUCAUCCCUCCGUCUCCUCCGUCAGUGCCCAGAUGCUGUCCCCAGGGCCAAACCCUGCUCCAGGCGCCCCGUUGGCUGAGGAGCCGUGCCAAGACCUGCCCACCGCUGGUUGUUCGCCUGUCCCACUCGCUGCUGCCACCACCACCAGCACAGAUCUGGAUGCCAGGGCCCCCGUGCAGGAAUCGCUCCCCAAAAACCUGCAGCAAGACAGUCCCCGGCCGCCUCUGCAUGGGAAUGUGGUGGCAAUGGGGACCCCUGGGCCACGGGAUGUCCCCCCCGAGCGGGGCCAGGACUGGCUGAGCCGCCAGCAGCACCCAGUGUGUGUGGACAACAGGUGUUUCGGCAACGCCAACCACCUGCACCGCGGUGCUCCAGGCUUGGGUCUGGGCAGGUCUCUUCCGCCGAGGGAUGUGGGCGCUGCUCACAGCCCCGAGCAGCCCCGAAAUGAGCCCGAAGAGGACGUCUACAUCUCCACUGAGUCGUCCUCGAGGGUGGAAGGCAGCAGGGGGCCGCAGCCUCCAGACUCUCUGCCAAAAAACCAGGCUGUGCCCGACUCUGAGCCUCCAGGCAGCUUCGUGGAUGUGCGCAGCCCCCUCCUCAUACAGCAGCAGUUCGAUGCGGAGCAGAAACGCGUUGGGAUGCUGCAGGAGCAUAGAAGAGAUGGAGAUACUCGGAUGGAAACGACCACCCCAGUCGCUACCCCUGUGCCCAGAGAUGCUUCCCCAUCCUGCGACAUCUCCCUGAAGCCUCCUGUGCAGGAGAGAAAACUCCCUGCAGGAGACACAGCCAGCAGCACCCACUCCAUGCAGACAGAGGAGAAAGUGCUCCCGGCCUCGUCAGACGCACUCCUGGCAGCUGAGAGGACGGCAUCCCAGGUGAGCUCUGCCACGAGCAUCUGGGAAUCUUCCAGCAACGUGGAGGGAAAUGUGGAGCUCAGCAAGCCGGGCGUCCUCCUCUCUGUGAUAGGGGAGAGCCCAGGGGUGGGGGGCAGAUGCCUGACCCCUCAGGGGCCCAGCAGCCCCUAUUCCAGCCUCACCCUUAGGAGUGACCCACUCCUGGUAAGCAGCGACAGCUCAAGCUCAGGAGAAGCCUCCAGCACGACGGGAUGCUGGGCUCCAGCAACUCAUGAAGACCCCGAGGGAGAGAAGGAGGCAGCUGGAGCAAGCAGAGACUCCCGUCUGCCUCCGAGCUGGGACAACGCCUCCCUGAGCACCCAUGAGGUCCAUGUGGACCAUUACCCCAGCACCCAGCUCAGGGCAGGCAGUGACCUCCGGUAUGGAGCUGGUCCCUGUGGAAACACUCCGGUUUUUGACUCGAGCAGUGGUACCACGAGCAGCUCAUCUCAGGCCAAAACCCCCUCAGGGGACAGCGAGCGGCCAUCCCUGCCGUACAUCGUUCCAGCUGUGGGCAUCGCUGUGAUUUCGGCUCUGGCGUUCCUGGUGUACGCUCGAUUGCAGAAAUAG